CGCCGUACGUGAAGAGCCUGGUGACGCGAGGCUACGUUUUGUUAACCCAUUUUUGGUGACGCUUUUAUACUGAAAUGUACGACCCGGAAGUCCUGUUGUUUUUCUGACGAAGUGAAAAUACAGGAAAACACAAGCCGGGGACUUCUGUGAACUCAAGGUAAACACACAGAGCAUGGAGCUCCUUGCCAAUCUAGAGAUCUACAUCCCAGUGGAAGCUGAGGUGAAAAGCAUCCCUAUACGGAGCUUACCAAAGUCAGUGCUUAGACGAAUUGGCCUCCCUCUGUCUGACUCUGAGGGCUCCAGAAAGCUCACAGACUCUGCAGAAGGCAUAUGGAUUUGUCCAGUAAUCAUGCGGAUGAAAGGCCAGAAAUGUGCCACCAACACAGGGAACAGUGUGGUGGAGAACAUGUCCUCACUGCUGGGCAAAGAGUUUAGGGCUCAGCCGGGUCCCUUCCAAAUGUCCUUUGUCUCCGCCAAUCCCACAGCUUACAAGGUACUGAAGGACAACAUACCUGGAAAAAAUGUCUCCACACACACAUCUCAUCUCACCUCCCCAUUACCUCAUGGCACAGCAUCGCAGACAUAUGAAGAUGCUGUUGUCAUUUACCACGGAAACGUUUACCUGUCUGCCAGGAGGCCCAGUCAAAGACGGAUUCAACGAGAGACUCGUGAUCCACAGCCAGCGUCUCUGUCUUCCAUUCCUUCAGCAUCAGACUUGUCAUCUAAAAGCCAGAAGAAGCACGGCUCUUCGGAGGCUUCUAUUGAACCUACAGACACAAAGCCAAAAAGGAAGAAACUACGUGUCAUUUUGCCCCAAACCUCCUCGAAACAGUUAAAGGAUUGUCUCAUAAAAAAAGAUCAUCUCUCCACCACAGACCGGGAGCUGCUUAAUGACCACAGGCCCAAAGAGAAACACACAACAUGUAAAGUAACCCACAGUGACAAGGAGAAGGAUGUGACACACAGAGCAAGUGAUUUAUCCUCAUCCAAAACUGCACAUAGUGUCCUUCAGUCCACUGACAGUCUACACAAAGUGGACAGUCAUAAAGAUGCUGAUGGAGAGCAGUCUGCAGAGAAAGCAGCAGGCACAGGGCCAGCGUGGCUUCAGCCUCAGGGGGAGCAGGAGGAGGUGUUCAACAAUGACAGUGGUGAAUGUGAGCUACGGGACCUGGGCAAUAAGGAAGCUGACUAUAUUCAAAUUGGCAGUGGUGAAUCUGAUAGCAUAGUUGGUAUUGUAGAGCAAAGAAGCAACCAGAGCUGGACCAGGAGAGAGUCUCAGGGUGCAGCUCAUGCCUUUACGUCACUACUGGAGUGUGACUUCAAGGGGCUGGCAGAGGAGGAGGCGAUUGAUCGAAUGAAGGCCAAACUCAGAAAGCAAGAAGCUACUCUCAACAGCCUGCCCUCUUCAUAAUGACAGCUCAGUCAGAGUGAGAAGCAGUAAUGAUGUUUUAGUUCUCCAGAAUAUGAUUAGGAACUUAAGGAGACUCUGCUGUGUAGGAUUUAGGAGGAAUCGUAAAUUGGCAGAAAUGGAACAUAAUGUUCCUGACUAUGUUUUCAUUCAUGUAUAAUCACUUGUUUUGAAUUAUUUACAGUAGCCCAGAAUGGACAAACCAAACACAGGCUAUAGAUAGGGCCAUUUGCAUAUUCGUGUCAGCCACCGUGGUUCUACAUCAGUGAUACUGAACUUACAGCCGACAGGCCAGAUUUAGCCCACAAUAGGGUGCCUUGUCACCCCCCAACCACAUUUCAGUUCACAGUGAAAUUAAAGUGAUUCACACUGGGAGUUUUAUUUGUACUUUUAACAUACAUUAAGUUGUUUUUACACAGCUGCUUGUCAACUGCCCUGACAACCAUCUAUGUUCAAAACCUCUUUUCCUCUGCUGCCUUCCCCUCACUGAAAUGACUGGAGGCAGUGAGUUACUGUGGUGUGAACACAAUGCAAGGUGCCAGGGUACAUAAUAAAGGAUGAUACUAGAGCUUGUUUAUCAAAAAAAAGCUAGGGGAGGAUCCCCUGGUCCUUAACAGAAGUCUUAGCUAAGCUUUGAAUGUCCUCAUAUCCUAGGAACACCCCUGCAUACAUGUGCGGGGCUGCUGACUGGCCCCGGGGGGCCGCAUUUCACAAAAGUGGCCCCCAGGAAAAACAAGUUGAGUAUCGCAGUUCCACAUGCUUAUAACAUGGAUAAGUUUCAGUUGGUUGCAACAUGCAGUCUCACCAGCAGAUGCCACCAAAUCCCGCACACUAGAUCGGUAAAAACAGGAUACUAGUGUGCAUGGAAACUGACUUGGUGACAGGAUGAUUGAAAGCUAGAAAUUGUAUUUCCUUACAGUCCCUGUGAAACGGAAGUUAUAGCUUCUUUAGUUUCUGUACUGUGAUAUAUUUUCCAGUGAAACAGAAUACUUGAGCGGUGAACAGUAACACAAGGGAGUCACAUCCAAUCCUUUGCAUUUGAAUGGACAACGACAAAACACUUUUGUCGUUGUUGGAUCAGGAGGACGAGGGAGAGAUGCAUGAAUUAGAUCUGAGCAACAUUGUAUUGGUAAUAAAAACAAAGGUUUUGUUCUUCAGCUUUAUUUGAUUAUCGUUUUACCUGGUUUUACACAAAAAGAAAAGACGGGGUUUUUUUUCUUUUUGAUUAAAACUUGUAAAAUAUUUUCAUUUUAUUUUUGAGGACUUCCAUAUUUGCUCUGAAUGAUGGAUACUGUUGUUUUCUGACUCGUAACCUUUCCUCUAGGGUUGCAUGAGGCCAAGCUUUACAUGUGACCUAAAUGGUGCAUUCCAAUAGCACUGGGAAGUUAGAAUUUCCCAGUUCCCAAUUGGAAAUUUCCAUUGGAACAACCCUUUAAGUUAAAUUUCUGGAAAGCUGGAGGAACUUCACCAACUCCUACCUCAAAAUCCAAGGCUGAUCUGUGCAUCAGCAGUAGUGAAAGCUGUUGUAAUAUGCUGUUCAUUAGCACUUCUGUCCUAUUUGUGUCUCAUUGGAACAGUCAUACACACGGUCUCGUCCAAUUCCACAGACAUGAACAAUUCUGUUUGUGGAAUUGUUCCUACAAUGUUUGUAUGAGCAAAAGACAGAAUAAUGUGUUGUUAUGGACAGGUACUGCUUUUGUCAUUCCCAGCUCCAAAUUAUGACUUACUAGGUAAAUGGAAGGCAGCAAAACUGCUGUUGAGACUGCACUCAGCUCUCUCAAGAGACAUGGUCAUGUCAUAGUGGUGAUUUUUAUCUAACUUUCUUGAGAAAUGCUUGUCAUAAUGGGAAUAUUAUAUGUAGAUAAAUGUCAGUUUUCCUCAAUUUGUCAAUUUUGCUGCUUUGCUCUGGGACCCUUGUUUCUCUCAGUUCCAUUUAUUAAGUGCAACACACACCGCCGCCAUACGCCUCGCAUCAAAACGCCCGCCUCCAUUAUAUUCUAUGAACCAACCCACACUGGCGUCGGCCGACGCACCGCGCCGCUCUGCUUCAGCCCACUGCUCUAUUUCCAGCUCGGCCGGCGCUCAUGGCAGCGCUGCGAGAAAAGCCUUUUAUGUACGUUUCGGCCGCCGUAGUAUCAACUCCGGUUUUUCCUCCUCUUCUUCUUCCGUUACAAGCAGUUGGCAACCGUUGGCAACUAGUGUAGGUACAGCCACCUAGAGGGCUGGGGUGGGAAAUACACGUCAACGCUGCCGCUGCGCACCGCUGCCUGUGUGUGUUGGGGAGCGGCACUUGGCGCUGUGUGUUGCACUUUAUAGUUAUGUACACAAAUCUUAUACCUUGCUGACUUUUUAAGAGUCUGAAAACAGGUGCUCACCUGUUGUUUUGGUGACUCAAACAGGAGACUUUUCGCAUCCAUCCAAACUUGUCCCUGAAUUGAUUAAAUUCAGCAAGUUAAGUUAUGUGCUUGUGCCUCUGGUGAAAUAUCAUUUAUUGUCAAAGAUAUAAUGUUGAACAUAGACAGUCACCUUUGGCCAAGUUUUUGGUAUUGUUUUUAUUUUUUUUUUUUUUCAAACAAAAUCUCAUAGAAUAUAUUUCUGUUGCUGCAAAUAUUUAUGUCUGCAAUAAAAAAAAAUGUGUGUA